CAGGUUUUAAUGGGACCAAUGUGACAGCCACGGAGGCCGGCCCCGGCUGUGUAGGCGUGUCCUGCGCUACAAAGUCUCUCCAGCCUAAGUUACUGCAACUUCUCCUACUUUAGGUAAAGUUGCGCCGGGCCGAUCAGUCCGCAGCAAAGACCUUUGUUUCCCCCCCUUAAACUCCAAUCACCCACCUCUUCUACUUCUUCUGACGAGCUUUGCUUUAUCAUGCGUAACAGCCAUGUUACCCAUCUGCUCCUCUCUCUUCUUUGCAUCGGAUUGACUGCCCAGUCUCAGCUGGAGACAGAUGAAGUGGUUCCCAGGCUGUUGUCCGGCCAAGAGGCACACCUGUCCUCCGACCAGACUGUCCGCACGCCGCGGCGCCGCGGCCAGCGCUCCCUGGACGGCCCGACGGAAGCACCUUCUGACCCCGCGAACAUCAUUCUGUCACUGCCCGCCUUCGGCAGCAAACUGUAUUUAAACCUAACGCGGGACAGCGCGUUUCUCUCGAGGGACUUUGUUGUGGAGGAGAGGCGCGGGGACCAAAGCGCAGCGGUCAGCCGCUUACCCACGAAGCAGCACUGCUUUUACUCCGGCUCCAUCAUCAACCACACGGACUCUCUGGCAUCCCUGAGCACCUGUGGCGGUCUGACUGGACUCGUCCAGAUUGGGGAGGACAGCUUGUUCAUCCAGCCGGUGGGUGAACACGACCCGACACGCUCGUUCUCUGGACUUAAACACCAGCUGCAGCGACACAGACGCUCAGCCAAGACCAGCUCCGCUCCAGAUGUUGAUCAGCCCAACUACUGUGGAACUCUACAAGGGAAGAAGAAGGACAAGAGGCCAAAAGUGGGUGACGAGGGUCGUGGGAAAAGAAAUGCCAUUCGCCUGCAUGAAACCUACACUGUUGAGACGGUGGUGGUGGCUGACUCGGACAUGGUGCAGUAUCAUGGUGCGGAGGCGGCACAGAGGUUCCUGCUGACUGUUAUGAACAUGGUUUAUAACAUGUUCCAUCACCAAAGUCUGGGAAUUAGGAUCAACAUUAGAGUCACCAAGCUGGUGUUGCUUCACACUCGCCCAGAAAAGCUAAAGGUUGGCCAUCAUGGAGAGAGGGCUCUGGAGAGCUUCUGUCAUUGGCAGUAUCAGGAGUUUGGGGGGCCUCGGUACCUUGGUACCAACCAUGUGCCUGGUGGGAGGGAUGAUAUCCCACCAGUGGACACUGCUGUGCUGGUCACCAGGACAGAUUUCUGCGUUCAUAAAGAUGAACCUUGUGAUACUGUCGGUAUUGCUUAUCUGGGUGGGGUCUGCAGUGCCAAGAGGAAGUGUGUGUUAGCAGAAGACAAUGGACUCAAUUUGGCCUUUACAGUUGCUCAUGAGCUGGGACACAACAUGGGGAUGAGCCAUGAUGACGACCAUGCCACCUGCACCGGCCACUCCCAUAUCAUGUCUGGUGAAUGGGUGAAAGGAAGAAACCCCAGCGACCUGUCCUGGUCUUCCUGCAGCCGCGAUGACCUGGAGAACUUCCUGAGAUCCAAAGCCAGCGCCUGCCUUCUGCACACGGACCCCAGGAGCCGGUACCAGGUCCGGCUGCCUCCUAAGCUGCCAGGCAUGCACUACAGCGUGGAUGAACAGUGUCAGAUCCUUUUCGGUACCAAUGCUACUUUCUGCAAUGACAUGGAGCACCUUAUGUGUGCUGGCCUGUGGUGUUUAGUAGAGGGAGAUUCUUCCUGCAAGACGAAACUGGACCCUCCUCUGGAUGGAACUGAGUGUGGAGCAGACAAGUGGUGCAGGGCAGGCGAGUGUGUCAGUAAGACUCCCAUCCCUCAGCAUGUUGACGGUGACUGGAGCCCAUGGAGCCAGUGGAGCAUGUGCAGCAGGACCUGUGGUACUGGAGUCCAGUUCCGACAGAGGAAAUGUGACAACCCUCCGCCUGGCCCAGGUGGUCGACACUGCCCAAAGACAAGCGUGGAGCACAAGGCCUGUGAAGGUCAUCCAUGUCCCAAGGGCUCACCCAGCUUCAGAGACCUGCAGUGUCUGUCCUAUGACCGACAUUCCAGCAAGAAGAAGGGCACCAUGCUGACUGCUAUUAUUAAUGACGAGAAGCCAUGUGUGUUGUUCUGCAGCCCAGUGGGCCGAGAUGUCCCAGUCCUGAUGGCUGACAGAGUGAUGGAUGGGACUCCCUGUGGACCAUAUGAGGCCGACCUGUGUGUUAAUGGGAGGUGUCAGAAAAUCGGCUGUGAUGGCAUCAUCGGCUCUUUGGCCAAGGAGGACCGCUGUGGUGUUUGUAAUGGAGACGGACGAUCCUGCAAAAUAGUGAGAGGAGACUUAAAUCACACCAAGGGAAUGGUAACCACUAGGCAGUGUAAGAGGGUAUCUACCUGUGUGAUGGCUAAACCCAGAGCUGUUCCCAAGUGUUUCUCAUGCUACAUCGAGGCUGUGGUUAUCCCUGCAGGAGCAAGGAGGAUCAAAGUGGUAGAGGACAAACCUUCACAUAGCUUUCUGGCCCUGAAAGACUCCAGUAAGAGGUCAAUCAACAGUGACUGGAAGAUUGAGCUUCCAGGAGAGUUUGAGUUGGCUGGGACCACAGUGCGCUACGUUAGAAGGGGACUGUGGGAGAAGAUGUCUGCCAAGGGGCCAACGAAGUCCCCCUUACACCUGAUGGUGCUGCUCUUUCAUGACCAGAGUUAUGGAAUCCACUAUGAGUAUACAGUGUCCCUGAACACAACUCAGGACAGGAGCAGUGAGGAACAGAGGGAGCCAGAGUAUCUCUACAUCUGGACACACAGCAGCUGGCAGGACUGUACCGUCCAGUGUGGAGGAGGUGAGAGGAGAACAGUGGUGUCUUGUAUGAGGAUAGCCAAUAAAACCAUGGAUGUUGUAAAUGACAGCUACUGUCAACCUGAGAACCGACCACAUCCCCAAGUACGAGUCUGCAACUCGCACCCCUGCCAGUAUCGGUGGGUGACAGGAGAGUGGGGGCCCUGUUCUGUCACAUGUGGUAAAGGUCUUCAGCAGAGGGAAGUGAUUUGUGUUUACCACCUACAGAACGGCUCACUCAUCCACACCAGAGAUCUGUACUGCCAGGGAGGAAAGCCUCCUGUUCUACAGGGCUGUGAGGGCAGACUCUGCCUCACGGUUUGGGAGGCAUCCGAGUGGUCCAAGUGUUCUUCAAACUGUGGUCGCGGUGUUAGAAGACGUACAGUGUCCUGUACAAACCCCCAGGGCCUGUGUGAUCCUUUGUCCCAGCCAACUCAAGAGGAAUCCUGUGAAGAUCACUCCAAAUGUUAUGAAUGGAAAACAGGCGACUGGUCCAAGUGCUCAUCAUCCUGUGGUAAGGGCCUGCAGUCUCGAGUGGUACAAUGCAUGCACAAAGUGACUGGUCGUCAUGGCAACGACUGCCCCGUGACGCAGAGACCACCCACCUACCGACCCUGUCACCAGGGAACCUGCAAUGAGAAAAUUAAUGUGAAUACCAUCACUUCCCCGAGGCUAGCUGCUUUGACCUACAAGUGCAUGGGGGACCAGUGGACAGUGUACUGCCGUGUGAUCAGAGAGAAGAACCUCUGUCAGGACAUGAGGUGGUACCAGCGCUGCUGUGAAACCUGUAGGGACUUUUAUGCUAAGAAAAUACUGCACAAGAGCUAAUGACCAAAUGCACCUACUCUUCCUCCUUUGUAAAUGUUUUUUUUUUUUUUUUUAAUGUUGUUAAAUGUUGUAAAGAAAACAAACUAUUUCUAAUAUUGAUGGAACGUUUUGUAUUUAAAAGAGAAAAUGGCAAGUACACGUUGAGCUCAUUAAGCUUCUAGUUUUGAUGAAGACUUGAAAAUUUCCAACCUUUCUUUUGCUGUACACCAAAACAUAAAACCAAACAAAACAACCACGGGGGAGCUUUAUUGCACAUAAGGAUUGACUAAUAUGAGCUUGAUUUUGAAAUAGACUUUCAUGGCAGGUCAUUCAGACAACGCGGGAUUAUGAGUUCGCCAGAGCCCCCCCACUCUCCUGUCUCCCUUGAUUAUGCUUUCUUUUGUACCGUUUACUCUGUUGUAUUGUAUUACAGGCAAUUGUUGCAAUUUCAAUUGAUAAAGUUGUGUAUGUAAGAUGAUGAUGAUAAUGAUGAUGAUGUAUUAACUAUACUGUAAUAAUGUUUGCGUACAAUCAGGAGCCAUGGUAAAAUACUGUAGGAUUACAGUAAAUCAACUGAGCUAAUGAUAAUGAUAAGAGACACUCUGGUACACAGGUCUGUUUGAGGUCCAUGGAUAGCAGCAAAUAGUGGAAACGCUUAAUGCUUGACGCCAACAAUAUUGCCUUCUGUAUGACUUACCACUUUAACUGGUAAAAUGGUGCUUUGAUGUUCUAGUCGCAGACCUGUGAGUAAGUGGGAGUCAGUAUGAGCAGUAUGACCUUCAGUGAGUGCAGAGUCUGACUGACGUAAAUCGUGCUGCGAGUGUGUGCAAGUGUGGCACAGCCAUGAGCAUGAACAUGCUUUUUACACGGACUGCUUGUGUUGAGAGUUGGAGAUGGAUUUUACUAACAAGCUAGGAUGCAGAAGCAAAUGAUAGGUUUCCCAAAAUGAGACAGAGACAUGACUGGAUUUUUACAGCACUUACGCAUUAAUGACAUGAUAUGACAUGAAACACUAACCGUUUAGUUAACACCAACACUGGCGUGUGAUUCAAAUGUUAUUGCUGAAUUGAAAGUCUCAAAUCACAUGCACUGGAUACUUUCUUACAUCUUAACAUUUGUUUGUUAGGGACUGGAGAAGGAUGCUAAAGUAAGUUCAUAUAAACUACGGUAAGUCCACAGAGCAUGCUGUGGACUAAUAGUAUAGCUUAAGAUCUGAUUGUGAUUAGGGUGUUUCUGCUUCUCUGCCUCUGCCUGUCUGCUCAGCCGAGAAAUCAGUGUGCUCCACGCUUUACAUUGCUUCUUAUAUAAUUCCAUCUUCAAAAAGGGUUCAUUCUCACACAGUGAUCCUUACAGCACAUAUGCUAUUUAUAUAAAUAUGUUUUUUUUCCAGGAUACAGUAAUGGGAUUGCUAUCAGACUGACCAGACCACAUCUGGAGGUAGACAGACAUUGUGGUCAGAUACUAGGCAGGUGUACCUUAAAUUUCAUCUGUACAGCGUGACCAGUUUACUUGAAUAGCAACUUAUCACUAGCUGUUAAGCUUAUUUUUUAAACUCCAGUUAGUAUUUCAUCAGUUCAUAAUGUCUCGUUGGCUUUUGGAUAGGAUGAUUUCACAGCUCUCUACUGGUCAACUAGCUGUAGAGAUGAGCUGCUGGAGUUGGCUCGUUGCACCUGCAGUUGCUGAUGAUUGGGAUUAAUAAAUGAAAUCCAUUUUUGAAAAUAUUUUUAAGGCUCUCUCACCUACGGCUGUCCUAUUCCUGCUGUUUUAAGCUGGCUGUCAAGAAGCUAUAGAUAACUGCUUUCUUUGCCCAACAUCUCACAACCAAAAGGUCAAACUGUGCCUGGUGUCAGACCAACUGUAUCAUGAACAUAGCCAGAUAUGAUUAUUUGUCAAAAAAUGAAUAGUUAAUGAGUGAUAAAGAUGUAAAUCUAUCAGCCCUUUUAUACAACGUCAUAGUGCGCACAUGCAUCCGUAUCUGUGUGUGUGAGUGUGUAUGCGUGUGUGUUAAAAGCCUCUUUGAAUGGUGCUAUAUUAUGACACGUUUCACUAUUGUGGAAUUUAGCUUAUUGUCAGUAACAGUCUUUUUGUCAUUGUAACAGUUAUCUGUUCUGGUUUGUUGUAGAAUUAUUUAAUAACAUUGCCUUUAAUUGAUAACUCUUAUUAUUUUUUGUCUGAUGUAGUGAGAUAUUCUUAAUUAUUCCUGUACUGUACUUUUUUUAGUUGCACAUACGCCAUGUUUGGUACAUAAACUGCCACUAUACGUAUAUAUAUCUCAUGGUGCUGAUUUGGAGCUGAGUAAAUAAUCUGUUUUUACAGGGAUUUAACCAUUUGUCUGUUUGUGUUUUGUCACAGUAUUUUUAGUCAGUCAUCCUCUUUGUGUCCAUUCUCAACCCAUCAAACCAUUCUGAGCAAGAACCUGAAUGAUUCGAUCGAAUUCUGUUUUACAUCUACUGUAUAUUGAUCUGUGUUUAUUUUUUAAUAAUGUGAUUUUACAAGAACAAAACCCCUGUAUGACCCUGUAUGUGGAUUUACCAUUAAAGCAGAAUGCAGACUGCU